UGGCCCCUCUGACCCCACAGGGUUUCCCCGAUACCUUAUCCACCCACGCCCGCAUGCUUGGGAAACCGAGAUAACCUUGGGCCCUGCUAUCAUUCCCAGAGAUUAAGCCAGAGGGGGAGUGGUGCAAUGUCUGUCCUUGUGCUCUGUCUUUGUGCUGCUCUAUGCACAUGCCAGGGGACUCGGUGGGGGCGGUGUGCAUGUGUGAGGGGCUGCUGGGCUGGGGGCUGCCCCUGUCUGCUCCAAGCAGUACUGCCUCUGUUCUGUGGCAGCUCCGACCGGUUUGUGGGGCUCGGUGGGGAGGUGCCUCCUGCCCGAGGCCGAAUGGAGGGAUGGGAAGCACUUGUACGAUGCCAGGGAACAAACAAGAGGUGCUUGUGCCCUGCCGGCAUGGAGCCCAGCACGAGGCUGGCACGGGUCCAUGGAGGCAAGGUCAGGAGCUAUGGGGAGGAAACUGAGGCACAGAAGCACGGAGGCAUCCAUGCAGGUCAUGGAGAAGGAGGCGCUGGGAGUGAUGCUGGAGAAAUCCCCAUCCCGGAUGCCACUGUUGCCCUUCAGCACCCUGAGCUGGGCUCAACCCGGGCAUCUCCUGCCCGUGGGCAGAGUGCAGCCGUGCUCCUGCUCCUGGGUGGCCUGAUCCCAGCCCCCUGCGCCGUCCGUGGGAGCAGCGAUUGGUGUCAUGGCCGUGGGGAGAAAUGCGAGCGGAGGAAUCCUGGGAAACUGGUUCUACCCCUCCGUCCGGUGCUGGCGGGAUGGCAGGCGGCGGCAGAGCUCCUCCCUCGGCGAGGGCAUAUAACGCCCGGCAUGGUCCCGGCGGGCGGCACUGCGUGGCGGAGAGCGAUGGCCUCCAUGGGGCUGCAGGUGCUGGGCAUCGCCCUGUCCGUCAUCGGCUGGCUGGCGUCCAUCCUCUGCUGCGCGCUGCCCAUGUGGCGCGAGACCGCCUUCGUGGGCAACAACAUCGUGGUGGCUCAGAUCAUCUGGGAAGGGCUGUGGAUGAACUGCGUGGUGCAGAGCACGGGGCAGAUGCAGUGCCGGGUGUACGACUCCAUGCUGGCCCUGCCGCAGGACCUGCAGGCCGCCCGCGCACUGCUGGUGGUGGCCAUCGUGCUGGCCGUGCUGGGCACGCUGCUCGCCAUCGCCGGCGGCAAGUGCACCACCUGCGUGGAGGACGAGGCGGCCAAGGCCAAGGUGAUGAUCCUCUCCGGCAUCACCUUCAUCGUCGCCGGCAUCCUCAUCCUCAUCCCCGUCUGCUGGUCGGCCAACGCCAUCAUCCGGGAUUUCUACGACCCGCUGGUGGCUGACUCCCAGAAGCGGGAGCUGGGCUCGUCUCUCUACGUGGGCUGGGCGGCCUCCGCGCUGCUGCUGCUGGGGGGGGCCAUGCUGUGCUGCACCUGCCCGCCGCGCGGCGAGAAGCCCUACUCCGCCAAGUACAGCGCGGCGCGCUCGCUGCCGGCCAGCAACUACGUGUAGGGCCGCCGCUCCCUGCCAGACAGGGAUGCCCCGCGGGGAGCGGGUCUGGGGCCGGGGCGCCGCGGAGGGGAUGGAGCGAGGGGGGCAGACAGAGCCGCCUUUGUUCACCGGGAUUGGAGCUGGUUCUUUAAUCCUGCUGGGAUGGGAGCAGCAGGCUGCCGUCCUGGCUGCCUGCCCGGCAUCUCCUCAGCGGGGGUUGGGGGGUGCUGUGCCGGGACUCUGAAUGUGCCGGGUGCUGUCCCGCCGGUGACACGCGGCUCCGUGCGGCUCCGUCUUGUCCAAACAUCACUGCAGAGGAUGGGGAGAAUCCCCAGGAGAUGUCCCGAGGAGAUGUCUCCCCAGGAGAUGUCCCAUCCCGAGUCUGUCCCACGUGGCCAGAGGACGCGGUGGCUCAGUGACACGCAGCGUAAUCUCAAGGGGUGUUCGGUGCUCUUCCCUCUCCAUGCCCCCAGUUCUUACUUUGACCUACUUUUGGGGAUCUCGCCUAGCUGUACGCACUUGGGAUUUCUCUCGGCAGCUCGUCGGGGUGCGGGUAUCAUUAUCGUGGGAGUGGGAAGGCAGCGGCUGGGCUGGGAGAACCGGUCGGGGAGGCAGCACCGAGCUCUGCGCUGCGCUUCUCCCAUCCAUGGGGCAGGAGCUUCUCCCAUCCACGGGGGGCUUGUGGUACCCCUGGUGUGGCAGCACCUGACCCUGCGCCACAGCCAUCCCGCAUUAAAUGACAGUGCUGCACCCACUGUGCUCGUUGUCUUUAUCUGGUGGCCUCGGUGAUGGGGUGACCUGCAGGUUCCAAGCUACAGACCCCGUGUCUGGGGAACAUCAGCAUGAAACAUCCCAAAUCUGGAGGGACAGUCCCAGCCUCCCACCCUCUGCUCCUCAGCCCAGGCCCUACCACAGCCACGCUCCCUUCCUGGGCCACCUGGAGGAGUGGCAGCAGGUGGCUCAGCAGUGAGAUGCCUUUACAGCACUGGGGCUGCCCCACGCUAUCACAGGGCCCCGGGCAUUGGGGCCGUCACCCGACGCUGCUCCUGUCUGACCGGCUGUUCCGAGCAGGAAGGAGAGGCAGGCGCCAGCGGGACGUGGGGCGUUGGGAUGGGUUGGGAUGCCCCAGGGCUGCCUGGAAGCACCUCAGGGCUGGUGUGGGUGACAGCAGUGCUUUGCCUUUCUGCCUUCUAGCCUUGGAACUGUGCCACUGCACAUCCGGCAUGUGGCCAGCCCUGGGAACGUCCUUCAUGGGCACCUCAGGGCAUGCGGGGAUGGCACAUGGUGCCCAGUGUGGCGCAGAGGAUCUGGACCGUGAGGCUCCGGUGCUCACUGGGGACUUUGAGGGCUCCCAGCUCCAGAUGGGGAUGGAAGUGGACAACCCAAAUGUGUUGGGAAUGGUGGUGGAUGGUUUGCAACGGGAGAGCGAUGCUCUGGCUCCAUGCUGGGAUCCACAUGGUCACUGCCUGUUCCCAGUGAGGACACCCACUGUGACAGUGACACUUACUGGAGCACCUACCAGCCCGUGUCCCGCUAGCUGGGCAGCACCAGGGGUGGCUGCCCAUCAUCCCAGCCCUGGCUCCUUUCUUCUCCUGAGAGAGAAGGACAUUGUUAUCAGCCCUAACACUGAGCCCAGGCUUGGCCAGGUGCCUGCCACAGUGUGAUGCCAAUGGGUGAGAGGUACGAGGACAGAGCGGGAGCACAGCUGGGCAGGAGAGGCCACAGAAACCGAAACUGGGAGCAGGGAAACUGUGGUGAAACCUGGAACAGCUGCAGGGUGUGCCAGGCACAGCCGAUACCUGCUGCCACACCAGGGCCAUAAAAACUCGGCUGCUCCCAGUCGCCAAGUGUGGGUCCUGGCCCCUCAUAGGGUGCUGUGGGGUCUGCUCUAUGUGGGGCCAAGUGGUGACUUGAGAUGAGCCUACAGUCAUGGUGUGGUGCUGUGGUCAGUGCCCUGGAGUCCCCCAUCCCGGAGCAGCACCCUAUGUCUGCGGUGGCCCUGUCUCUAUA